UGCAAAUGCAACGUGUUCCCCGCCCGAAUAAUCAAUUGGCAAUUUGAAGAAGGAAACGUUUGUCGUUAUUAUCACGUCAUCGGCCGUCGGCAGAUUGAUUUCCACUUCCCCAAGUCGGUUGUCAAUCGGUUUGAAAAACCUCGAAAUCUCGCCGCUCCGGUCACUUCCCAGAACUCGGAGAGGAGGAAGCCGACGGUCAUGGAGUCGUCGCCGCCAUCACCGGCAGUGGAACCAGUUAACUUCGGGAGAUCACUCAUUGUGCCCAGUGUUCAAGAACUCGCAAAGGAAUGCAAUGAAAAGCUUCCUCCGAGGUACGAAAGGCCCCAAAUCGAACCGCUCGUCGUCUCCGGUGACCUAGAUUGGACGGUUCCAGUGAUUGAUCUUCAAAAACUUGCUUCCGGUGACGAAAGUUCAAUGGAUUCCGAUUCUGAGUUGGGGAAUUUGCACUCUGCUUGCAAAGAUUGGGGAUUCUUCCAGGUUGUGAAUCAUGGAGUUUGUAGAACAUUGCUAGAGGAAUUGAGGGUUGAGGUUGAGAAUCUGUUCCAACUCCCAUACGAGGAGAAGAAGAGGAAGCAACUGUGGCAGCAGCCCCAUAACCACGAGGGUUUCGGGCAGCUGUUUGUGGUUUCGGAAGAGCAGAAGCUAGACUGGAAUGAUAUGUUCUACAUAACUACUCUGCCUCGCCAUAUUCGACAGAACGAGCUAUUCGACAAGCUCCCUCACAAGUGCAGAGAGACGGUAGAAGCUUAUUCUAUGGAGAUGAGAAAGCUGGCACUGAAGAUUCUGAGUCACAUGUCAAGAGCUUUAGGAAUGGAUGUCAAUGAAAUGGAGGACCUGUUCACGAAUGGAGUCCAGUCAAUCAGGAUGAACUACUAUCCACCGUGCCCCGAACCCAACAAGACCAUCGGAUUUACUCCGCAUUCUGAUGCUGAUGCCUUGACGAUUCUGUACCAGCUGAACGAGACCGAAGGUCUGCAGAUUCGUAAGGACGGGAAAUGGGUUCCCAUCAAACCUCUUCCAGACGCUUUUGUUGUUAACGUCGGGGACAUCAUGGAGAUCGUGAGCAAUGGAGUUUAUCGGAGCAUUGAACACAGGGCAGCAGUGAAUUCCACAAGGGAGAGGCUCUCAGUUGCAACGUUCUACAGCUGCAAGUUGGAUUGUACUUUGGGGCCUGCUCGUAGCCUCGUCGGGCCACGAAAUCCACCGGCGUUUCAGCAAGUUCCGGUGGAGGAUUACUUCAAGGAGUUCUUUGCUCGAAGAUUGAACGGGAAGUCUUACCUCGAGUUCAUGAGGAUUAAUGUUGACAAAUGAUAGAGACUGAAAGUU